GUGGUGAAACGAGUUUCCGAAGUUCUUCCCAUCCACGAUAUACAUAGCUUCAACCAAGUUUCUCACGAACAGAAUUACCGCUCACCACCAAACGUAGCGAAGGUUGAAUUAGCUAGCAUUUAGCACGGCCACAGAGAAAGUGCCUAUUUAUUUUUUAAAAAAUGCCUUUGUUUAAAGAAAAAUGGUAUGUCGAUGAUGAACUCCUCGAAGAACUGAGGUCUAGGUUCCUAAAUGAUAUUAACGCGAAUCCAGAAGAAGCGAAAAACUACCAUCCCGAUGACAUCAAAAGAGUUAAAGAAAAUGACUGGUAUAUUGGACGAUAUCUACUACAUACGGAGCAAGAUGUUGAGUUGGCUUACAAAAUGCUUAAAGAAUCGCUGAAAUUCAGAAAUGAUAUGGAAGUCAACACUGUAAAAAAGAGCGAUCUUCCAAUAGAAUACUUCAACGUAAGAGCAGUCAUAUUAUACAACAAAGAUGUCAGGGAUCAUCCAGUAGUUGUAGUUAGAUGCAAGACACACUUCAAAAAAGAAGAAACGAGAAAGUUGCAACAGCAGUACAUGCUGUAUUGGGUAGAGAAAGGCAUCCGAGCUUCAAACUGGGGCGUUGUUAGUAUACUAUUCGAUUGUACAGAUUCGGGCAUUGGGAAUAUGGUAAGAUGGAUAUUCUGUUACGUUCUAAAUACUUUCAUCGAGAUAUAA